AUGGAUCCUUCUCACAACGCUUGGGCCUCUUUGACCCCUGUUCCUCUCACUGAUCACCAUACCCAAAAACAACGUUCAGCCCCCGCCGCCGACAGCCAAGCAGCGCUUAUUGAGAAGCUUGCCCACGAGAUCGAAACACUCAAAACCAGCCUCAACUCAAAAAAGUCCGCCUCGAAGUCGAAGGGUAAAAAGUCCACUGUGCCCGCCAUUCCUACUACCGAUGAUGCUGGCCCGUCCUCCAGCUCUGCCCCUCGUGCCAAGAAGAAGGCCCCAGUCCCAACGGCCCCAAACAGAAACCAGCGAGCCACUUCGGCCCCACCCGAAUUCAUGGGGAAGCUGAAGCCCCGCAAGUCAAUUCCCGAGACGCCUGUCGCCAAACCUUCCCCAAAGCGACACCCUCAACAAAUGCAAAGGGGCGACUUUCCUGCAGCCUUUGGACCAACCAAGAUUCUCUGGGGCCUCCUCAAGCAGGACUCGGUUCCGAAGCCCCCCGAGUUAAGCACCCUAGAAGGAUUCUACAGACGGUUCAGGCGAACCGAGCAACUCGAAGAAGCUGUCCGAUCUCGCUCUGCAAACAGAGACUUUUCCCAAGUACUUUGCUUGAGAGAUGCCCAAGGUGGCCGCGUCAAAUUCGGAAAAUCGGUAAUCCACCUCGGAAGCAACUUCGUUCGCUACGCUCAAGGAAUCAUGGCCCAGUUGGGCUUAUCUGUCUGGUGCCCCAACUUGGAUGAAGAUUUGGCUUCCCUCUACAACGCAGCACAUCGAAUUGCUGCCCUGACAACUUUCACCGAGCUUGCAGCGACUCCGGCCUACGCUUACCUCAAAGUCGAUCCGGUCAUGGCUCAAGACAUGACUCUACUCAUACCAGCCUACAACCAUUUCGUCCAUUAUCUUCAAGUCGAAAAGUACAAAAAAGAAACCAAAGAGAAAGGAAAGGUUGCUCAAGAAGCAACCAAUAAGAAGGUUAACAAGAACCGCGAAAGAUUGAGGGAUGAGCGCCGCAACUUUGCUAUUCUCAACAAGUUCCCACAACGCUAUCGCGAUAUCUUGGAGCCAAUCGGGGCCCACAGUGAUGACGAGAAAGUAGAAGGGAAAGGCUUCUACAAGAUCAAGACCCUGCCCUACCGCUCAAACAACGCCAACCGUUUCUUCCGACGAUUGGACAUUGUUAUGAUGAAGGCGGCCGAGCAAGAUCCAUUAGCGAGGUCUAGUCGGCGCCGGGUUCGUCGCUUACCAAGGGAGCCACAGAUGUCGUCCUACAAGGCUGCCCCGAAGGGUUUACCAAUCGAUUUCUACCACCCGAAGUGGUUCAAUGAACUUGUCCCUGCCCAGCAACACUCAAUUCCCGACAGGACUCGCAUUGCCUUCUUCCCCAAUGCAAAUGAGUCCUUACUCCCUAAAACCGAGAAAAAUCCGGAUGAGAAGAUGGCAGACUCCACAUUCACCAAGAAAUAUUGGGAACUCGUGGUCGAGCCGUAUGGCCUCCUGGAGGAGGAAUCCUCUGAAGAGGAGGAGGUUGCGGGGGAGACUCAAGGAGGCGGACAAGACGAGGAAGGUGAGGGAAUCGACUUGACUCAGCCAAGCGAGGGGUCUGAUUCCGAAGACGAGUACCACGUGGAGGGUGACGCUGGCAACCUGUACGACGAGGAAGAGGAAGAUGAGUCUUCCGCCAACGGCGAUGAACCAGAGGAGAGCGGUGAAGAUGAUGACAACGACGAUUAUGACGAAGCUCAUGAAGGUACGGUUCUUGAUGGCGAUCACACGAUGGAUGAUAUCCCAGAGGGCGAGGAGGUUUGGUAA